AUUUUGUUUUCUCACUUGGCUUCCAUUUCUAGGAGGAGCGGACGCCAUUAACUGCGCGGCAUUUUGUAGUUGGACAUUAGCUAAGUAUUAAAGCGUGCCAUAUACAGUAAAGCGUUGUGCACCAACAUUAAAUAUUUUAUUUUCAAGUAUUUAAAGUAAAUUCGGAAGAUUAUAUUUCGGUAAUUUUUCCUUCGGACUUUUUAAUUGAAGGCAUUACGACAAAAUGGAGGCCGAGAGCAAAUACCUUCCUGAACUGUUGGCAGAAAAGGAUAGUCUGGAUGCUUCCUUCACUCACGCAAUGAAGCUAAUAACUCAGGAAAUCGAUCGGCUUCAAAAAGGGGAACCCAAAAAGGAGGAUGACGAUGGUUAUUUGGAUUUGUUUUCACACAAGAAUAUCAAGUUGAAAGAACGAAUACUCAUUCCAGUGAAGCAGUACCCAAAGUUCAAUUUUGUUGGAAAAAUCUUGGGUCCCCAAGGAAACACAAUCAGGAGACUUCAAGAAGAAACGGGCGCAAAAAUUUCAGUUCUUGGAAAGGGGUCAAUGAGAGAUAAAGCAAAGGAGGAAGAUCUGCGGAAAGGUGGUGAGCCAAAAUAUUCUCAUUUAAGCAUGGAACUUCAUGUCUUUAUUGAAGUGUUUGCACCAGCCCCAGAGGCUUACUCUCGUAUGGCUCAUGCAAUGGAAGAAGUGAAGAAGUUCCUCAUUCCUCAGGACAUGAUGGAUGAUAUUUGCCAAGAGCAAUUCAUGGAGCUGAGCUAUCUGAAUGGGGGACAAGAGCCAGUUCGUGGGAGAGGUGGCCCACCAGUGAGGGGUCGUGGUGCUCCUCCACCUUCAUCUGCUAGCAGGGGUAGAGGGGUACCUCCACGUGGCAGUGCAUCCAGAGGAAGUUCAGUCAGAGGAGGCUCUGUGCGAGGUGGACCGGCUGGUCGUGGAGGGCCACCCUCUCAGUCUGUCAGAGGGAGAGCCCCCUCCUCUCGAGCUGGACCCGCUCCUGGUGUGCAGAGAAUGCCAUUACCUCCUCACCCAGAGCCAUAUGACGAAUAUGCUUAUGAAGAUACAUAUGCAGAGCCCAGCUAUGAUGCUUAUGAAAGUUACUUUAGUCAACCCCAGGCGGAUACCGAGUAUUAUGAUUAUGGACAUGGGGAAGCUCAGGAUGCUUAUGAACCCUAUGGUCAGGAUGACUGGAAUGGUACUCGGGCAUCAAUGAAAGCUCCACGGACGCUUAAAGGGGCUUACAGGGAUCACCCAUAUGUGCGAUAUUGAAAGGGCGUUAAUUUCAAAAAGCACAUUGUUCACUGACUUCAGUCUUCUGUGGCAACUUUCGCUUUACCAGACAAAAGUAAUUGUCCAUUUGUUUUUCUACUCUGUGGACUUCAGUCAUUUUUGAAAAUUGCUUCUGUAUGCAUUGAACAUUAAUCUUGGCCAAGAUAGGCAAUGCAGAGCUAAACUUUGUUUACAAGCUCUAUCUUCCCUUCGUUUCUGCAUCCUGGUGAAAUUUGUCUAAAUCAAAAUACCCUUUUGAACUAACAAAUGAAAAUUUUUCAAAUGUGUAGCUUAAAAUCCUGUAAGACUUGUUUUUCCGUACUUUAAAAUUACAGUUGCAGAUUCCCAUUUCGGCUACAUUUCAAAAUUCUUUCUCUUCCACCCCCCCUCCCCCCCCCCCAGAAUUAAAUGCCAUCGUUUAAAAUGUCAACUGGGUAAAAAUCUACUGAAAAUUUAGACUUGGUUUAAGUAAAUUGUAGGGAACAUUUUUAACACUUCAUGCAAAUGCUAUAGUUAAGAUUAAUUUUAAAUAGUCUUAAAACGUUACGUAAAAAUCUUUUUUUAAGGAGUUUUGAAAUAUAGCCCCAAUAGACCUUGCUGAGAAAUAGUCAUUAAAUGUUAUAAGAGCCAAGUUUGAUUUUUUUUUUUUUAUUUAUGUAUAUGGAUAAUUAACCAAAGGUGUGGCCUAAACUAUGGUUUUGUUGGUUACCUGAAAAAAAUUUUAGAAAACAAUUUGAAGUAGUUUUUUUUUAUUGGCUUUUGGGGGCUAUUUUUCACUGGGUCUAUGGAUGCUUACAAAGCGGGACACUGCAGCUAAAACUCGAUUCUAUGUAUAUACAUAAAACAAGUGUAUAUUUGCAUUUAAAUCUGUACCUUCUCUCUAAAAUGCAUAAUGCUCCAUGUGUAAGCUUGCCUAAAUAGGUAACUAAAUAUCUGUCCAAAAAUGUUUUGCAGCAGUUUGUCAAUAAAGUUUAGUCUUUUUUUUAUCAAA